UAAAAAGGAAGCAAUCUUAUCUGUUACUGCUUACUGCUGAUGCUGCUGUAACAUCCAGCAGGUAAAGUUCCCUAAAAUUCACAGCAAAAAUUUUGGGACUUUUUACUAAAUCAUAGAAAAUUUACCUUUUUUUUCCCCUGGGAGCUGAAGAUAUUUUAGAGAAGAAUUAAUCUUUUGUUUCUCCAGUUGAACAUUUUCUAGCAAUACGAGCCAUGCAAACAGAACUCUCUACCUGCUUCUUUCUGUGCCUUUUGCCAUUCAGCUUUAGUGCCACCAGAAGAUACUACCUGGGUGCAGUGGAACUGUCCUGGGACUAUAUGCAAAGUGAACUGCUCAGUGAGCUGCACGUGGACACAAGGUUCUCUCCUAGGGUGCCAAGAUCUUUGCCAUUCAACACAUCAGUCAUGUACAAAAAGACUGUGUUCGUAGAGUUUACAGAUGACCUUUUCAACAUUGCCAAGCCCAGGCCACCAUGGAUGGGUUUGCUGGGUCCUACCAUCUGUGCUGAAGUUUAUGACACAGUGGUCAUUAUACUUAAGAACAUGGCUUCUCAUCCUGUCAGUCUUCAUGCUGUUGGUGUAUCCUAUUGGAAAGCUUCUGAAGGUGCUGAAUAUGAGGAUCAGACCAGCCAAAAGGAGAAGGAAGAUGAUAAAGUCAUUCCUGGUGAAAGCCAUACUUAUGUCUGGCAGGUCCUGAAAGAGAACGGUCCAAUGGCCUCUGAUCCACCAUGUCUCACCUACUCGUAUUUUUCUCAUGUGGACCUGGUGAAAGACCUGAAUUCAGGCCUCAUUGGAGCCCUGCUGGUUUGCAAAGAAGGUAGUCUGGCCAAAGAAAGGACACAGACCUUGCAUGAAUUUGUACUACUUUUUGCUGUAUUUGAUGAAGGGAAAAGUUGGCACUCAGAAACAAAUGAGCCUUUGACACAGGCUUUGGAUCCUGCAUCUGCUCAGGCCCAGCAUGAAAUGCACACAGUCAAUGGCUAUAUAAACAGGUCUCUGCCAGGUCUGACUGGAUGUCACAAGAGAUCAAUCUAUUGGCAUGUGAUUGGAAUGGGCACCACCCCCGAAGUGCACUCAAUUUUUCUAGAAGGUCACACAUUUCUUGUGAGGAAUCACCGCCAGGCCUCCUUGGAGAUCUCACCAAUAACUUUCCUUACUGCUCAGACAUUCCUGAUGGACCUUGGCCAGUUUCUACUGUUUUGUCAUAUCCCUUCCCACCAACAUGGUGGUAUGGAAGCUUAUGUCAAAGUAGAUAGCUGCCCAGAGGAACCCCAACUACGGAUGAAAAAUAAUGAAGAAGAGGAAGAUUAUGGUGAUCUUUAUGACUCUGACAUGGACGUGGUUAGCUUUGAUGAUGACAACUCCUCUCCCUUUAUCCAAAUCCGCUCAGUUGCCAAGAAGCAUCCUAAAACUUGGGUCCACUAUAUUGCUGCUGAAGAGGAGGACUGGGACUAUGCUCCCUCAGGCCCCCCCCCCAAUGAUAGAAGUUAUAAAAAUCUGUAUUUGAACAAUGGUCCUCAGCGGAUUGGUAGGAAGUACAAAAAAGUCCGAUUUAUGGCAUACACAGAUGAAACAUUUAAGACUCGUGAAGCUAUUCAGUAUGAAUCAGGAAUCCUGGGACCUUUACUUUAUGGAGAAGUUGGAGACACACUGUUGAUUAUAUUUAAGAAUCAAGCAAGCCGGCCUUAUAACAUCUACCCUCAUGGAAUCACUGAUGUCAGUCCUUUGCACUCAGGGAGAUUGCCAAAAGGCAUGAAACAUUUGAAAGAUAUGCCAAUUCUGCCAGGAGAGGUAUUCAAGUAUAAAUGGACAGUGACUGUAGAAGAUGGGCCAACUAAAUCAGAUCCUCGGUGCCUGACCCGAUAUUACUCAAGCUUCAUUAAUCUGGAGAGAGAUCUAGCUUCAGGACUCAUUGGCCCUCUCCUCAUCUGCUACAAAGAAUCUGUAGAUCAAAGAGGAAACCAGAUGAUGUCGGACAAGAGAAAUGUCAUCCUGUUUUCUGUAUUUGAUGAGAAUCGAAGCUGGUACCUCACAGAGAAUAUGCAGCGCUUCCUCCCUGAUGCAGAUGUAGUGCAGCCCCAUGAUCCAGAGUUUCAAGUCUCUAACAUCAUGCACAGCAUCAAUGGCUAUGUUUUUGACAACUUGCAGCUGUCAGUUUGUUUGCAUGAGGUGGCAUACUGGUACAUUCUAAGUGUUGGAGCACAAACUGACUUCCUGUCUGUCUUCUUCUCUGGAUAUACCUUCAAACAUAAAAUGGUCUAUGAAGACACACUUACCCUAUUCCCAUUCUCAGGAGAAACUGUCUUCAUGUCAAUGGAAAACCCAGGUCUGUGGGUUCUGGGGUGCCACAACUCAGACUUUCGGAACAAAGGCAUGACAGCCUUACUGAAGGUUUCUAGUUGUAACAGGAACAUUGGUGAUUAUUAUGAGGACACAUAUGAAGAUGUUCCAAUUUCCUUGCUGAAUGAAAACAAUGUCAUUGCACCCAGAAGCUUCUCCCAGAAGUCAAGGCAUCCUAGCACCAAGCAAAAGCAAUUCAAAGCCACCACAACUCCAGAAAAUGACAUAGAGAAGAUUGACCCUCAGUCUGCAGAAAGAACACCGCUGCUUAAAGCACAGAGUGUCUCCUCUCGUGAUUUGUUGAUGCUGCUGGGACAGAAUCCUACUCCACAUGGAUUAUUCUUAUCUGAUCUCCAAGAAGCCACACAUGAAGCUGAUGGUUAUUUACUUGGAGCAAUAGAAGGAAACAAGGCCCCAUCUGAAGUGGCAAGUCUCAGACCAGAGCUCCAUCACAGUGGGGACAGAGUAUUUACUCCUAAGCCAGAACUGCAAUUAAGAUUAAAUGAGAAUUUGGGGACAACUGUAACAGUAGAGUUGAAUAAACCUGAUUUAAAGAUUUCUAGUUCAUCAGACAGUCUAAUGACUUCACCAACAAUUCCAUCAGACAAGUUGGCAGCAAGUCCUGAAAAGACAGAUUCCUUAGAACCCCCAAAUAUGUCAGUUCACUUUAAUAGUCAUUUAGGUACCAUUGUAUUUGGCAAAAAUUCAUCUCACCUUAUUCAGUCUGGUGUACCUUUGGGCUUGAGUGAAGGAGAUAAUGAUUCCAAGUUGUUAGAAGCAGCUUUAAUGAAUAGUCAAGAAAGUUCACUGGGAGAAAAUGUAUUAUCAAUGGAGAGUAAUAGGUUAUUUAAAGAAGAAAGAGUUCGUGGACCUGCUUCAUUAAUCAAAGAUAAUGCUUUAUUCAAAGUUAAUAUCUCUUUGGUAAAGACAAACAAGACAUCAAUUAACUCAACAAUUAAUAGAAAGACUCAUGUUGAUGUCCCAACAUUAUUUAUUGAGAACAGUACAUCAGUCUGGCAAGAUGCUAUAUUAGAAAGUAAUACUGAGUUACAAGAAGUGACUUCUUUGAUUCAUAAUGAAACAUUUAUGGACAGAAAUAUUACAGCUUUGGGGCUAAAUCAUGUGUCAAAUAAAACCACUUCAUCAAAAAAUGUGGAAAUGGCCCACCAAAGAAAAGAAGGCCCUGUGCCACUAGGUACAGAAAAUCCAGAUCUAUCAUUCUUCAAGAUACCGUUCUUGCCAGAUUCAGCAAAUUGGUUAAAAAGGACCCAUGGCAAGAACUCCCUAAGCUCUGAGCAAAGGCCCAGUCCAAAACAAUUAACAUCUUUAGGAUCAGAAAAAUCUGUGAAAGAUAAGAAUUUUUUGUCAGAGGAGAAAGUGGUAAUAGGAGAGGAUGAAUUUACAAAGGACAUAGGACUCAAAGAGAUUAUUUUUCCAAAGAGCAAGAGCAUAUUUUUUACUAAUUUGGCUAAUGUCCAAGAAAAUGAUACAUACAAUCAAGAAAAAAAAUCUCAGGAAGAGAUAGAAAGAAAGGAAAAAUUAACCCAAGAGAAUAUGGUUUUGCCUCAGGUAUAUACAGUGAUUGGCACUAAGAAUUUCCUGAAGAACCUUUUCUUACUAAGCACUAAGCAAAAUGUAGAAGGUUUAGAUGAGCAGCCAUAUACUCCAAUACUUCAAGACACCAGGUCAUUAAAUGAUUCAGCACAUAGAGACGGGAUUCACAUGGCCAACUUCUCAAAAAUAAGGGAAGAAGCAAACUUGGGAGGCCUGGGAAAUCAAACAAAGCAAAUGGUAGAGGGAUUUCCAAGCACUACAAGGAUGUCUCCUAAUCCAAGUCAGCAUCUUAUCACUCAACGUGGUAAGCGGGCUUUGAAAGAACCCAGACUCUCACUAGAAGAAAUAAAAUUUGAAAGGUGGGUAAUUUUGAAUGACACCUCAACCCAGUGGUCCAAAAACAUGAACCAUUUGACCCAGGGCACCCUCACAAAGAUAGAGUACAAUGAGAAAGAAAAAAGAGCCAUUACUCAGUCCCUCCUAUCAGAUUGUUCUAUGAGGAUUCAUGGCCUUAUUCAAAUGAAUGAUUCUGCAUUACCUAUUGCAAAAGUAUCAGCAUUUCCAUCAAUUAGACAUACAGAUCUGACCAAGAUCCCAUCCCAAGACAACUCCUCUCAUCUUCCAGCAUCAGCCUGUAAUUAUACCUUUAGGGAGAGGAGUUCUAGGGUCCAAGAAAGGAGUCAUUUCUUACAAGAAGCCAAAAGAAAUAACCUUUCUUUAGCCUUCCUAACCUUAGAAAUGAUUGGAGGUCAAGGAAAGUUCAGCUCCAUGGGGAAAAGUGCCACAAACCAACCCCCGUACAAGAAACUUGAAAACACUCUUCUCUUGAAACCAGGCUUGUCUAAAACAUCUGGCAAAGUUGAAUUACUGCCUAAAGUUCAUGUUCAUCAAGACUCUUUACCUACAAAAACUAGCAAUGAUUCUCCUGGCCACCUGGAUCUCAUGGAAAAGAUCUUUCUUCAGAAAACACAGGGACCUAUUAAAUUGAAUAAAACAAAUAGACCUGGAAAAGUGCCCUUUCUGAAAUGGGCAACAGAAAGCUCUGAGAAGAUUCCCUCCAAGCUGCUGGGUCCCCUUGCUUGGGAUAACCACUCUGCUACCCAGAUACCAAGAGAAGAGUGGAAAUCCCAAAAGAAGUCACAGAAAAACACAGCUUUUAAGAGAAAGGACACCAUUUUGCCCCUGGGCCCUUGUGAAAAUAAUCAUUCAAUAACAGCAAUAAAUGAAGAACAAGAUAAGCCCCAAAGAGAAGCCACCUGGGCAAAGCAAGGAGGGACUGGAAGGUUGUGCUCUCAAAACCCACCAGUCUCAAAACGCCAUCAAAGGGAAAUAACCCUUAGUACUCUUCAGCCAGAGGAAGACAAAUUUGAGUAUGAUGACACCUUCUCAAUUGAAAUGAAGAGAGAAGAUUUUGACAUCUAUGGUGAAGAUGAAAAUCAGGGCCUCCGCAGCUUUCAAAAGAGAACACGACACUAUUUCAUUGCUGCAGUGGAGCGUCUCUGGGAUUAUGGGGCUCAAGGUAUGGAUGUCCCUCAGUUCAAGAAGGUGGUUUUCCAGGAAUUUACUGAUGGAUCCUUUACUCAGCCCUUAUACCGUGGAGAACUAAACGAACACUUGGGACUCGUGGGACCAUAUAUAAGAGCAGAAGUUGAAGACAAUAUCAUGGUAACUUUCAAAAACCAGGCCUCUCGUCCCUACUCCUUCUAUUCUAGCCUUAUUUCUUACGAGGAAGAUCAGAGGAAAGGAGCAGAACCUAGAAGAAAGUUUGUCAACCCUAAUGAAACCAAAAUUUACUUUUGGACAGUGCAACAUCAUAUGGCACCCACUAAAGAUGAGUUUGACUGCAAAGCCUGGGCUUAUUUUUCUGAUGUUGAUCUGGAAAAAGAUGUGCACUCAGGCUUGAUUGGACCCCUUCUGAUCUGCCGCAGCAACACACUGAACCCUGCUCACGGGAGACAAGUGACAGUGCAGGAAUUUGCUCUGUUUUUCACUAUUUUUGAUGAGACUAAGAGCUGGUACUUCACUGAAAACCUGGAAAGGAACUGCAGAGCUCCCUGCAAUAUCCAGAAGGAGGAUCCCACUUUUAAAGAAAAUUACCGCUUCCAUGCAAUCAAUGGCUAUGUGAGGGAUACACUACCUGGCUUAGUAAUGGCUCAGGAUCAAAAGAUUCGAUGGUAUCUGCUCAGCAUGGGCAGCAAUGAAAACAUCCAUUCUAUUCAUUUCAGUGGACAUGUGUUCACUGUACGGAAAAAAGAGGAAUAUAAAAUGGCAGUCUACAACCUCUAUCCAGGUGUUUUUGAGACUGUGGAAAUGCUACCAUCCAAAGUUGGAAUUUGGCGGAUAGAAUGCCUUAUUGGCGAACACCUACAAGCUGGGAUGAGCACUCUUUUUCUGGUGUACAGCAAAAAGUGUCAGACUCCACUGGGAAUGGCUUCUGGACGCAUUCGAGAUUUUCAGAUUACAGCUUCAGGACAAUAUGGACAGUGGGCCCCAAAGCUGGCCAGACUUCAUUAUUCCGGAUCAAUCAAUGCCUGGAGCACCAAGGAUCCCUUUUCCUGGAUCAAGGUGGAUCUGUUGGCACCAAUGAUUAUUCACAGCAUCAUGACCCAGGGUGCCCGUCAGAAGUUCUCCAGCCUCUACAUCUCUCAGUUUAUCAUCAUGUAUAGUCUUGAUGGAAAGAAGUGGCAGAGUUAUCGAGGGAAUUCCACUGGGACCUUAAUGGUCUUCUUUGGCAAUGUGGAUUCAUCUGGGAUAAAACACAAUAUUUUUAACCCUCCAAUUAUUGCUCGGUACAUCCGUUUGCACCCAACACAUUACAGCAUCCGCAGCACUCUUCGCAUGGAGCUGAUGGGCUGUGAUUUAAACAGUUGCAGCAUGCCACUGGGGAUGGAGAAUAAAGCAAUAUCGGAUGCCCAGAUUACUGCCUCAUCCUACUUAAACAGUAUGUUUGCCACUUGGUCUCCUUCACAAGCCCGAUUACACCUCCAGGGGAGGACUAACGCCUGGAGACCUCAGGCAAAUAAUCCAAAAGAGUGGCUGCAAGUGGACUUCCAGAAGAUAAUGAGAGUCACAGGAAUAACCACGCAGGGAGUAAAAUCGCUCCUUACCAGCAUGUAUGUGAAGGAGUUCCUCAUCAGCAGUAGUCAAGAUGGCCACGACUGGACUCUUUUUCUUCACAAUGGCAAAGUAAAGGUUUUUCAGGGAAAUCAAGACUCUUUCACACCUGUGGUGAACUCUCUAGACCCGCCCCUACUGACUCGCUACCUUCGAAUUUACCCCCAGAGCUGGGCACGCCAGAUUGCCCUGAGGCUGGAGGUUCUGGGCUGUGAGGCACAGCAGCUGUCCUGAGGGUCCAGCACCCCUCAGACUUGUCUUCUGCCUCCGAGCCCAGCCUCCAGGUUAUUUCCUGCCCCACGAUGCCCAUGGCGCCAUGACUUUUCUAUGUGGUUAGACUACACGGUCCUAGCAGACACUGCCCUGAAGCCUCCCAAAUCAACUGUCAUUAAUCCUGCGUUUCCUGGGAGCGUUGCAUUCAGUUGAACUCUUCACCAUUUGCUGCAACUGCUCCCAGAUUGGCUUUUCCUUCCCAUGUAAUGAGGAAAGGAGAAAACUCAUCUGGAAAGCAUUCUCCUCCUGACAAAUUAGGUCUCUCACACAGCCACCACUUCCUCUUUUGUAGAAAAACAGUGUGUUUAAAGUUGGCAGAAGAUAUUCAUGAAGUAAGCAUUUCAGAUUAGGCUUCAUACAUUUAAAAUAAAACCCUCAUUUGUUUCUUAUCCUGGUGAAGCAUGGAGCAAAACAUGUUUGGGGAUCAUAUCACCACAGCCUUGAAGCCAAAGGCAAGUCAUCUUAACAAUCUGCAAAAUGUAGAUAAUGUAAGAACCAGUACAUAAAGUCUAUUUUUGCCUCCUUAUAGAUAGAUACAAUUAUCUUAGUUGGUCAUACUCUUCCCUCAAAAACUAGUGUUUUUAAACUGAGACUCACAGGUGGGAUUCAAGAACCGCCCCCCCCAAUUCCCUGACAUUAUAUACAACAUUAUGUAUGAAUGCAUAUGUGCGUUUUUCUGACAACAGUGUCCAAAGAUUUCAUCAGAGUUUUAAAGGAGCGAAUGGCUUUAAAGAGUUCAAUUUAAUCUCAGAAGGAUGUACAAAUAAAGCCAUUUGGUCUUAAUUCUAACCAACAAGUAAAAUAAUAGGUUAGGAUCACAGAAGUAAAAUGACAAUGUCCCCUUGAAAUAUGUGGUGACCAAGAAAGGUAAUAAUCAUAAUAGAUUUCUAAAGAGCAUAUUUUUAAUAUUCCCACAGAGAAACAAGGAAAAUCCAUGGCUGUCUGGGAUAGGAGCUUCACCUGUAUAAUUCUAGUGAUACACUCAUUUUACUCCCUCCCUCAGCUAAUUUCCUGCUGAAACACAGCAAAAAUGAAGCAGGGGAAAUUCUAUACCGUGACGGGAAACUAGAGUCCCAAUUACAUAGCUGGAGUUUCAAGGAGUCAGAAGAACACUGAGCUGGCGAAAGCAGAGCGAAAAGACCUCUAGUGCACCCCACCCGCCAUGCAGGACGCGCCUCCACCUGCUUCUUACACCUGCUUGCCCCCCUCACUAUGACUCCACAAACAUUUCCUAGAUGGCAAAGGGGGCUAGAGGCAAGGAUAAACCAUAGAGCAGCUGGAGGAAGCAUCCAAAGUUGGCAAUCCAGAGCAAUUUAAAAACAGGAGUUCCUAGUGUAAGAGAAAAAUGUAUUACAAUCUCAGAAGAAGUAAGAAAAUAAAUGCUUUUUUUCCACAAGCUAGAGCAUUUUCUAAUAAUCCUGCUUGACGCUGAUCCGACCUUUUGGGGGAAUGUAGCACAAACCACAACGAUGAAGGUACAAAGGGUCAUAAUUCUGUAAGAUUGUAAGGUCAGAGGUUAAUUUACAGAAAUCAAUAAAUUGUUUUUCUUAAUAGCCUGGUAGAAAAGUUAACCCCAAAGGUGAUAUGGUUUUAUUUCCUGUAAAAGUUUAGUCACUCUUAUGUCUAACUUAAUGACCAUGUUUUGGCAUUCUUUUCCUAUUGACUAUAUACAUCUCUAUUUCUCAAAUGCUCUUGGACCCAGGCCUUUUGUCUUCCUGCUGAUUUCCUCAAUAACUAAAUAAAAUCUUGGCACAUACAAACAAA